AUGUCCUCAUCACCAAACGAGUCAAAGGCUCUGUGUGACUACAUCGGGAUAGAGGAGGAGGUGGACUAUGGUAGCGAUACCAGUGUCCGCGGUGAUACAGGGACAAUGUCCGGCUCACUGAUGCCUGGGGCACAAAUUUCGAACACCCUAAAUCCGUUCGCUGAAUGUGGAGGUGCGAGCGCGCCACCAGCGCAGUAUGCAGCGUCUGGGUCUGAUGAGACUAUCAUCACGAACCCGCUCGAUGAGCAACAACAACUGCUUGUUCAAAGAGAAGAAAACGCUCAGCGUCGUGUACAAAUGGCUACAACCCUUGAACGCCAGCGUGACUAUAUGCUCACCCCACCCAGUGUGGAGGAACGUCUACGUCAAGCGGCCGGCCAAACAUUGGCAACGUGGGUCAUUGGCCAUGGGCCUAAGACUCCUGAGGAGGUUGUGAGCUGCCAGGCACUUCGCGAGAGGUACCUGAUGCCGCAACUAACGACUCAAAGUCAAUACAAGGCACGCCUUGACAUGCAAGCGCGUGGUACACCGGUUCCACCGAUCAAGGGUAUACCCAUUCUCUUGUUCGCAGGCGAAACAGUGAGCGAAGAAGACGAUGCCUUUGUUCACUGGGUGCACUAUGUGCGUCGCCUCAGCAACAUUUUUGCUCUAAGGGCUAGUGCCAGUGUGGCUGACGUGCGUCUUGAACGCAAGCUUCGGUAUGAUUAUGCCAAGCUUAAGGCCAGAGGCCAAUUGCGCAAGCGCACGCGCUACGCUUCGGCUACUAAGGUAGCCGCGAGUGCUGGUCAGUCUGUGGCCAACAACCCGCCAACCCGCACCACUAGUGGUGGGGAACGGCCUCGGCCUCGAGACGACCAUGGCCACGAUGCUCAAAAGCCUCCAAAGCAUAUGGGCAGUCUUGCCGAAGGGGUACCUCAAAUUCCCAUGAGUUUUCAGACUCAGGGUACCCACGCCACUUUACCAGAUACUGCAAAGUCGGUGGCGGCCGGUGUAUCGGUGGAGGCCCACGAGAAAUUGGUUCUCGAAGUGAAGGGUCUUCAAGAGGCCUUGGGUAAGUCCCAGUGCAUGCUGGAUGCGAUGCAAAGCCGCCUUCAGGCGAUGGAGCAAGCUCAAACUCGGAGCGAGGCUCAGUUGGACUUGCUGAUUCGUCUACAGCAAUCCGGGGCAGUGCCCUUGUCGUCGGCGCAAGCGCCUCCAAGUUCACAUGGGAAGGAUCCCGGUACGGCUUAA